UGCCACUUUCUUCUGCCCCCCUCUUGGUGCCACCAUUCUCUUCUUUCACAGCUUCCACACUUUCCCUCUCUGCCCAUUUCUUCUUAUUCUCCUGCAUCCUCUCACCUUCUUCCAUCUCCAUCCAGCUUCCCCCUCCUUCCCUCCUCUCUCCCCCCCUCUUUCUCUGGUCUGCCAUGGCGGCUCCUGAAGAAGGUCCAGAGCCGCUCAGGUAUCAGACUCUGGCCUUGAAGGUGAGCAUCCACUGUGAGGGCUGCAAGAAGAAGGUCAAGAAGGUGCUGCACAGCAUCGAAGGGGUGUACAAGACGGACAUCGACAUGCAGCAGCAUAAGGUGGUGGUCAUCGGCAACGUCUCCGCCGACGCGCUCGUCAAGAAGCUCCUCAAGACCGGCAAGCACGCCGAGCCGUGGCCGGAGCCUGCUCCGCCGGCAGCGGCAGCCGCCGAUGCGCCCGGCGGAUCCCCAGGCAGCGGAGGCAAGAAGAAGAAAAAGAAGAGCAAGGGCAAGAACCCCGCGAACAACAACACCAACAAGCCCGCUGAUCCGGCGCCGGCGGACGGCGGGAGCGGCCCCUGCCCCCCGGAGAAGCAGGACAAGGCUGAGGGCGGCGGCGGCGGUUCGUGCGAUGAAGCGUCCGAUGGCGAGCACGAUAAGCCUGAGGGCGGCGGCGGCAACGGCCCCGCGGGCGCCGGAGACGCGCAGGAUGGCGGUGCAGGCGGCAAGGUGGCCCCUCUCGCCAUGACGCCGCAGGGCCCGCAGCCCGCCGCGAACGGCAACGGCAAUGGCGGCGGCGGAGGCGGCGGCAAGAAGAAAGGCAAGAAAGGCGGCGGUCACGGCAACGGCAAUGCCAAUGGCAACGCCAUCGCCAACGCAGACGGCGCCGGCGCAGGCGCCGGUGCAAUAGUGGAGGUCCACCCGCCGCCGGACGCGCCCACGAAGCCGGGCGGCGGCAACUCCGGCCCUCUCACCGUCGUCGACGCCGGGCCGUACCCUCCGCCUCCGGGCGCGCCGGCGAUGAGCUACCCGGGGUACUACGCCGCCGGGGUCCACCCGCCCGCUUACGUCAUGAGCUACAGCACGGCGCACCCGAGCUCGGCGCUCCGGAGCAGCGCCUACUACCACCCGAUGGCCGGCGCGGCGUACACCACGGCAGGUGGCGGCGGCGGCGGGUACUUCUACUCGACGGCGCCGGUGUCGGCGGCGCCCGGGUCGUACUACAUGUUCAGCGAGGAGAACGCCAACGCCUGCAGCGUCAUGUGAGAGAGGAUUGUGUUAAUGUAUCGGUUAAGAACUUGAAAUUCAAUUGACUACUAUGUAUAAGAUGUUGCAAGAAGCCUGGCUGUGCUAGAUUUAGAUUAUGCUUUUGUGGUGGCCAAGAUCGAACUGGUUGUAAGUUUGCUGCAACCUGCAACGUUUUGAUGUACCUGGAGAAAUAUAUGAAUUUUAGAGUAGCUUAGCAACAUGGAAUUGCACCAUCACC